CAACAGCAACGACUACAGACUACUUCAACAACAACAGCAACGGGCUACAUCAAUUCCACAGCCAGGGAGGAAGAGAAAAAGAAAAAAGACCAUCAAAGCGUGUGCUAUAUAUCAACAUGUAUCAUAGAAGACUGAAGGCAAAGGUGCCAAUUGUAAGAAGCAAUUCAUUACCACGAAUGAGUUAUCCUCAUAUGGCUUCUUCAGACGUUGAAAUUGAUCAACAAGGAUUCUCUUCCGUCGAUCGAAUAUUUCCUACAACAGCAUUUUCUCCAUACUUGGCUCAAGGAGAAGCUCAAAGUCAAAGACCAUAUGAAUCAAACUAUGAAUUUAGCAGUCGGCAUUCGGCUUUCGAUGUUAAUUCAGAUGCACCUACAUCAUUAGUACUCCGAUCAAUUAUUUCUGACAUACCCAAAGGGGUUAGCUCAGGCACUUCGACAUUGCAAGAAGAAAGGAUUCAGACAGAUGUAGCAGUGGAUCUAAGCGGGCAUGUAGCGAAAGAAAAUCAAAAUCAACAUCAGACUUAUAAGAGAUUAACAAGAUCUGAGUACCUUACACUCUAUCGAGCUGCCUUAAAAGGUAAUUGGCAAGAAGCUAAGCGUAGACUUGAGGCUGAUCCAGAUGCCAUUCGAUAUUCCAUUGCAGAAGCGAGUGAGACAAUUCUUCACAUUGCAUGUGCAUCAAAACACACAGCUUUUGUAAAAGAACUGGUGCAAUUUUUGACUCCAGAAGACUUAGAAGGGAAAGACAUAAAUGGAUAUACAGCCCUCUGCUUUGCUGCGCAAUUAGGAAUUGUGGUAAUUGCUAAGGAGAUGGUGAAAAAGAGCGCGAAUCUGCCAUUGAUCCGCAGUAGUGAAGGAAGGACACCACUUCACAUAGCAGCUUUGCUGGGACGGAGAGACAUGGUGUCGUAUCUAUUCUCUGUGACUCCUUUAAAAGAUUUGACUCCUGAUGAACGCAUGGAGAUCCUUGUUGCUACUAUUACCUAUGAUAUGUAUGAUAUAGCACUAAAAAUUCUGGACAAGGAUGAAACUUUGGAAACUGCGAACAAGCGAACCUUAGCAUUGCGUGAUUUGGCCAGAAAACCUUUUGCAAUUGGCAGCACAAGUCAUCUAUCACUCUGGAAAAGAUGCUUAAACUCCUGGUUCAAAGGAAUCUGUAAGAAAGCUUUGAUGAAGACCUUGGCCUAUCAAUUGGUUGAACGCCUCUCGAAAGAGGUUCAACCAUUCCAAGACAGACAAUCCUCGUACGAUUUUCCAACUGUACUUUUUGAUGCUGCAAAAUUUGGGAAUGCUGAAUUCCUAAAUAUACUUAUUAGCUCUUAUCCCGAUAUCAUAUGGAUAGCAGACAAUCAAAAUCGAAGUUUAUUUCACAUUGCUGUUUUAAAUCGGCAAGAGAGUGUAUUCAAUCUAAUAUAUGAGAUUGCCGCAGUCAAGGAAAUCAUUUUGACCUAUGUUGAUGACAAAAAUGAAAAUAUCCUGCACUUAGCCGGAUAUUUGGCACCUUCAAGUCGAUUAAAUAUUGUAUCAGGAGCAGCCCUUCAAAUGCAACGGGAGUUGUUGUGGUUUAAGGAGGCAGAAAAGAUUGUGCCGCCUUCAUACCUGAACAUGAAGAGUUCUGGGCUAACACCAGGGGAUUUAUUUACGAAGAAACAUAAAAAUCUACGGAGAGAAGGUGAAAAGUGGAUGAAGGAUACAGCAAACUACUGUAUGAUCGUGGCAACAUUGAUUACAACUGUGGUUUUCGCUGCAGCUUUCACUGUACCGGGUGGUAGCAGUCAAGACACAGGCACCCCUAUUCUCUUGAAAAGUAUUUGGUUUAGGGUAUUUUUCAUAUCAGAUGCAAUAGCACUGUUCUCAUCUUCUUCUUCAAUAUUAAUUUUCUUGUCAAUUCUCACAUCACGUUUCACAGAAAUGGAUUUCCUAGUGUCAUUACCAUCAAAGUUGGUGUUGGGACUCACCACACUCUUCAUCUCUAUAGCAGGCAUGGUGGCAGCCUUCAGUGCAACCUGCUUUUUAGUCUUUAAAAGUGAAAUGGCAUCGCUUCCAACUGUUAUAAUUGCUUUAGCUGGUGUACCAAUUAUUUUGUUUGUUUUGCUACAUUAUAAACUUUGGGUUGAUAUCAUCCGCUCAACAUUCUUGUCUAGGUUUCUUUUUAAGCCACGUAAAAAUAGGUUUCUUUGUCUAGGUAUCCGCUUUUAAUG